UUGGGUGCACCUACCUGGCUACCAGUUAUAAUGUGACGGGGGUGGCGCGUGUCGAGUUGUCUUUUUGAGUGUUCGUUCGGGAACAAAGGAAUGCUUAGUCGCUAGGUUGGCGGCGGCGGCUCUUAUUCAGACCCUUUUUCGGACAACAGACAAUAGGGGGGACGGGGCGUCGUUGGCAAUCCUAAUUUAUACGCAUUCAUUUUCCGACCAUGGGGCACCCUCACCUUGCGAUAUCAGACUUCCUCGUCUGUUUUCUUCCCAACCAUGCCAUCUCAGAAGUACGAACCACUCCGCGGGUCCGCGCCUGGACCCGCGCCUGGACCCGAGGCAGCCGAGUUUGAACGGCCAUGUGCCGACUACGAAACCACAUCGCUGAGAUGCAGGAAGCAAGUCAGAGCGAUCCGGGCUCUGGUCGUCUUGAACAUCUUCUUGGCCACGUUGCUCUGCAUCGUGGUGUUCAUGUGGUGGCCACAGAUAACCAGCAAGUCCAACCGACCUUACUCUCCGGCGUGGGAGGCGGUGCGAUAUGUCAACAAGCGUUUCAAGCGCGAGGAACUCUUCCACAUGGAAGACGAGACGUCUGCCGAGCUGGAUGCAGCGUGGAAGAACUUGACCGGCCCUAGCGCUGGACACGUCCGGCUUCCCCUGGACGAGGCGAAGAGGAAUGUUCCUACCUUGGAGCUUUAUUACGAUCCCGGGUACUACCUCUACGGUGUGAGCGUGUUUCAUCAGAUGCAUUGCCUAGAUGUCCUUCGAAAGUCUUACUAUGGCAAGCACUACUUCCCAGAGAAGACCGAGGCGGAAGUUCGCAUGCACAAAAACCACUGUCUCGACUACCUCCGCCAGUCCAUCAUGUGUAGCGGGGACGUGACGAUCGAUCACUGGUUCAACUACACCUUCACCAACCCAUCCUUCGACCCGGCCGACGGCUCAGCCUCGGGGGAGGCGCUGGGCCUGGACUGGACGCAGCACUACUCGGCCGAGUACAUGGCCCUGAGCCCGCUGGAGCGGACCACGCGGGCGGGCCUCCUCUGGGACACGGAGCACCAGUGCCGGGACUACGAUGCGCUGUGGAGGUGGGUUGAGGGGAGGCAGCUGGUGAACGAGGCGUAUGUGGAGGAGUUCAACCGUACCGAGGAUGUCUUCUGAGGCCUUGGUUUUGCCCGUGCCAGGGGGGAGGGCUUCUUCUCGGAGCAUACUGUACCGCUCUGUGAGAAGACCUGCAUCAUUGAGGUUCGUUGAAUGCGUUCAUGGGUUCGUGGGGUUGAAACGGCCUGCAAAGGCCACGAACCAGAGGCAGUGGAGCGAAACAGUGGUUAGUUCUUCAGGGCAGCAGUGAAGUUAGUUCCACCUCACAGCCUUCUCGAAGCCUUAUUAAAGGAGAGAAUGCAUGUGCCUCGACUAGGCUCUAUUGCACGAGCCUUCAAGGUGAUAUUCGAGGUCAGGAUGGAUGCAGGGUAUGUACUUGCUUUCCAAAGGCGGGUACGUACCUUGGGGCCCUUGGCCCGACACCUCCGACGCAGUGAAAUCUUAGGCUCGGCACGACCUUCACAACCCUCUUGUACUUGCUAGCGACAUACACCUUGGGAAACUCCCAGCCACUGUUUAAUUGAACAUGAAGGGGCAGAAUUUAUGCUGCUGUUUCU